CGCCUGCAGCGGCGGCCAGACGAGGAUCGGCUCCAGGAGAUGAUAGAAAGUGACAUCUCAUCUAUGAUGUCAGGAAUUCUGCAAAACUCAGGGCAAAAUCAUCACCCUUCUCCACAGGAGUACAGGCUCCUGGCCACCACCACCGGUGAGGACGACCUUCCCGGGGACCUGCAGUCGCUGUCAUGGCUCACAGCUGUGGACGUGCCGCGGCUGCAGCAGAUGGCGAGUGGCCGCGUGGACCUGGGUGGCCCCAGUGCACCCCACCCACAUCCAGGUGCCUUGGCCAGGGCAGCCAGCCUGCAUGUGGGAGCCACCCCAGGUCCACUGCUCCACGGCCCGGCUGGCAUGGUCCCCCCAGGCGUGCUAGGCCUGGGCCCCAUGGCCAAUCACGGAGCCAGCAUGAACCAGAUCCCUGUGGGGGGCCAGCCCUCAUCCAGCCUGCAGGACCAGCCACAGCUGUACUCGCCCGCCUCCCAAACGCAGUUAUCGCUGCCCCCAGGCACCCAGCAGCGCCCCCCUAUGGGCCUGUACGGCUCCCCGUUUGGAGCACGGCCUCCCUACCCCCAGCCCCGCAUGGCUGUGCAUUCGUCUCGGGAACUGCACCCCAAGCACUACCCCAAGCCCAUCUACUCAUACAGCUGUCUGAUUGCCAUGGCCUUGAAGAACAGUAAGACAGGCAGCCUGCCUGUGAGCGAGAUCUACACCUUCAUGAAGGAGCACUUUCCCUACUUCAAGACGGCUCCCGACGGCUGGAAGAACUCGGUGCGGCACAACCUGUCCCUGAACAAGUGCUUUGAGAAGGUGGAGAACAAGAUGAGUGGCUCCUCGAGGAAGGGCUGCCUGUGGGCCCUGAACCUGGCCCGCAUCGACAAGAUGGAGGAGGAGAUGUACAAGUGGAAGAGGAAGGACCUCGCCGCCAUCCACCGGAGCAUGGCCAACCCCGAGGAGCUGGACAAGCUGAUCUCGGACCGACCGGAGAGCUGCAGACGCCCUGGCAAACUGGGAGACCCCGAGGGCCCCGUGCUGACUCAUGCCACCACGGUGGCCAUGGCCCAUGGACGCCUGGCUGUCUCCCAGCUUCCGCCCCAGCCACUGAUGACCCUGUCCCUGCAGUCCGGCCCCCUGCACCACCAGGUCCAGCCCCAGGCACAUCUCGCCCCAGACUCUCCCGCCCCGGCCCAGACCCCACCGCUGCACGCCCUGCCGGAACUGAGCCCCAGCCCCCUCCCCCACCCCGCCAUGGGAAGGGCGCCUGUGGACUUCAUCAACAUCAGCACCGACAUGAACCCUGAGGUGGAUGCCCUGGACCCCAGCAUCAUGGACUUCGCUCUGCAGGGGAACCUCUGGGAGGAGAUGAAGGAUGGGGGCUUCAGCCUGGACACGCUGGGGGCCUUCGGAGACUCCCCCCUCGGCUGUGAGCUGGGGGUCUCGGGCCUGACCCCCGUCUCCGGCGGCAGCGACCAGUCCUUCCCAGACCUGCAGGUGACGGGCCUGUAUGCUGCGUACUCGACCCCAGACAGCGUGGCCGCGUCGGCCACAACCUCGUCCUCCCAGUACCUGGGCAGCCCAGGGAACAAGCCCAUCGCCCUGCUUUGA